GUCAGUGGCGCCACCUUUGGAGUGCAAAAGAGACUACUUCUGAAACGUUUAAAAUGCUUCAAAUUGCCAUUUCAGUCGGAAAAAACACGCAAAGAUACUGCAGGGCAGUAUGGAGUGUGGACACCUCCCAUCCAACACACCUUGCCAGCCUUGUUAUUUCGGCAAAAAAUCGGCUUGCUUCCACGAGCUGCACUGCACGUGUUUGCAGCCGUAUGUGUUCGUAGAGUGUACAGUGCUCUGUUGCAGACAAGCUUCUUGAGUGUUCCAGCAAAUGAUGCACACGUUUUUAGCAGUCGUUCACCAUAAUGAAAUCGGUUCCGAAAGUUGUCACCGCUGUUAUCGGUUCCAUAUCGUGCGCAGCUCUUCUGUUCCUCGGCAGUUAUUUCUACGAGAAACGUUUCCGCAAAUAUUUGUGCCGGUUAAAGCGUAAAACUGUGAUUGUAUGCCGCAGUGUAAGUGACUUCGCAAAUGUGGAGGAUACAUUUUACAACUUGUGCUUUAGACGCAAAGUUAUGGGGCUUGACUGUGAAUGGGUGACGUUGAACGGAAAAAGGCAGAAAGUUUCUCUCUUGCAACUAGCACCGUCGUCAGAUUUUUGUGUCCUGCUUCGAGAAAGCUUCCUGGAAAGUCGAGACAUUCCAAGUUCGUUAAAGACUAUUUUGCGGGAUGAGCAGAUAAUUAAGGUUGGUGUGGCCAUCCACGAUGACGCUCUGAAGUUGCUGCAGGACCACAACCUCAUUGUGAGAGGGUGUUUAGACUUGAGGCACAUAAUUACACAAUUCACUGAGCUCAGUGGUGUGCCAGUAGGUGGCCUUCAAGCUUUGUCAUCUCACCUGCUGGCUGUCCGACCAGAGAAAUCGUGGCGAAUCAGGUGCAGUGACUGGGCAGCAGAUAAUCUGACACAGAAACAGAUAAACUACGCUGCAGAAGAUGCUUUGUUGUCUGUACAAAUCUUCGACCAAAUGGUACGACUCAGAUUGUCACUGACACGGUUUCGUCCCUGUUGGUUUGAAAGAUUGACGAGUAGCACGAUAGAGAUGUGCCGUGUUGCUGUAGAUGUGCCAUUUCGAACCAGGACAAGGUUACCCCGAUCCCCUGAAAAGCAUGGCGAACCGCAUCAUACGGUCUCCUCAAGAAAACUGGGCAUCUUUAGAUCAUACAGGAUACGAAAAACUCCGCUGUACGACAACUGCGUCUUGCAGGCUCCCGACGGUGAACCCCUCUGCACUUGCGACUAUAAGAAAGCUCGCUGGUACCUCGAAAAGGGGCUUGGAACAGAAGUUUCGGAGGAACCUCUCAUAGUUCGGCUCAAUUUCGAGCCGGCCAACCGUCCAAUACUCGACAGCCAGUACUACAUUCAAGCAAAAGACAAUGUGUGCGUUGUGUGCGGCUCGAAAGAGUCCCUUCUCCGUAAGAACGUUGUCCCACGCGAGUACCGGAAAAAUUUUCCCGACGUCAUGAAGCACCACAUCUCGCACGAUAUCUUGUUGCUGUGCGUCCAAUGUCACCAGCUGAGCAACUUGAGGGACCUCGAUCUUCGUUACGUUCUCGCCUCUGAGUGCGACGCACCGUUUGAGAGCCACGAAGUGACAAAGUGCCGAGAAGAUCCUGUCUUGCGGCGGAUCAAGUCGGCUGCUAGGGCUUUGCUUCGCAGCCGAGACAGGCUCCCGUCCGACCGAGUGGCUGCCCUCGAGCAGGUGCUGAACGAUCACUACAAUUCCGACAGUGUGACGAAAGAGCUGGUCGAGGAAGCUGCAGAGAUCGACACAAAGAUUUACAACACAAAUUUUGUUGCUCACGGGGUGAAAGUCGUAGAGCACUACAAGAGGAACGGGGGACUCAUCAGCUUCGAGACAAAAUGGAGAAAGCAUUUUCUCGAAACCAUGAAGCCAAAGUACAUGCCUGCACUGUGGUCCGUAGAUCAUCAUCACGAGCUCCUCGCCAUAAAAAUAGCGAAAGGUAAAGGGAAAGAUACAAACUUGGAUGAGAUUGGGAUAACCCAGGAGUAUGUUCGUAAGGCUCUCGAGAAGGUUGGCGCACAGUGGUUGCUCGACGACGAUGCGGAGAGUGCAGGCGACCACACCGACAGUGACAAUGUAGAUGACUGAGUAAUAUUUUACAUGCGUUGUCACACAAAAUGCAGGACAGGAUCAUCUGUUGUACAUAUUUAUUGAAUACAGACCGACGUGUUAGUGUUUC